CCGGUGAAAAAUAAAUAAAAAAGAUUUGGAUUUUUAAAAAAAAAUUUAAAAUUUCUUUCAUCAUCAAAAGUAAUCAUAAUAAUAAUUAAGUGUUAACAAAAAUGAUGCCCGGAGCACAUUCAGGGCAAACCUUAAAUGAUCGGAUUAAUGCAGCACGUUAUGCAUUAGCUGGUCAAGGUUUAGCUCGUGUUGUUUGUAAAGCAACAACCGAAGAAAUGAUUGCACCUAAAAAGAAACAUAUUGAUUAUUUAUUACAAUGUACGGAUGAACCAAACGUAUCGAUACCACAAUUGGCAAAUUUAUUAAUUGAACGUACACAACAAUCAAGUUGGAUUGUUGUAUUUAAAGCAUUAGUUACUGUACAUCAUUUAAUGUGUUAUGGAAAUGAACGUUUUACACAAUAUUUAGCAUCAAGUAAUUGUAAUUUUCAAUUAAAUAAUUAUUUAGAUAAAUCAUUACCAAAAGGUUAUGAUAUGUCAAUAUUUAUACGUCGUUAUGCACGUUAUAUUAAUACAAAAGCAUUAUCAUAUCGUACGGUUGCUUUUGAUUUUACCAAAGUUAAACGAGGAGAUGAUUGUCAAUUACGACAAAUGGGUAUGGAAAAAUUAUUGAAAACAAUACCCGUAUUACAAACACAGAUCGAUACAUUAUUAGAAUUUGAUUGUAAUGCUAAUGAUUUAACAAAUAGUGUUAUCAAUGCAGCAUUCUUUUUAUUAUUUAAAGAUCUAAUACGUUUAUUUGCUUGCUAUAAUGAUGGUAUUAUCACUUGUUUGGAAAAAUAUUUUGAAUUAACAAAUAAAAAAUUGGCACGUGAAACAUUGGAUAUUUAUAAAAAAUUUUUAACACGUAUGAAUAAAGUGGCUGAAUUUCUGAAAGUAGCCGAAAUGGCCGGUAUUGAUCGUGGUGAAAUACCUGAUUUAACUAAAGCACCAAGUAGUUUAUUAGAAGCAAUGGAACAACAUUUAGCUGCUAUGGAAGGAAGAAAACCAGGAACAACAUCAAAUGGUGAAAAUAAACCAGCGGAUGAACAAACAACAGUUAAAAAAGCUAUUGAAGAAGAGGAAAAAUUUCUUAAUAAAUUAAAGAAUGAAUCUUCGGAAAGUUCGGAAAAACAUUUACAAGAAAAAAAGGUGAAUAAUCCAUUUUUGGCAUUAUCAAGUGGAAAUAAUCAAGAUGAUUUGGCUAAAAAAUCAAACGAUAUGAUUGAUUUAUUAAUGGAUGGUGGUGGUGGUGGUGGUGAAAAAUCAUCAACAACAAAUGCUGAUCUAUUUUCAUUGGAUACAUCAUCAUCAUCGGCUAUGGCAGCCAAUAAUCCAUUUGCUGAUAUUUUAAAUUCAUUAAGUAUUACAUCGGCAACAACUACUGCUUCAACAUCAUCAUCAGCUAAAACUACUACUGCUGCAGGUGAUUUUGCUACAUCCGAUGGUUUUGCUGCUGCAUUCGGAAGUUCCAGUAAUUCUAAUAUUGUGAGAGCACCACCAGUCAUAACUAUGUAUCCAGGUUUCGAUGCAUUUGGUGAUGUUUUACAACCACAAAAUGUUAGCACAUUAAUCAAGAAUCAAAAAUCAUUAAUGAAUUCAAUCGAUUCAAUGACCAAUAAUAAUUAUUUAUUUAAUAAUAAUAAUAAUAAUAAUCAUAUAGUGCCAACUAAUUAUAAUAAUAAUAAUAAUAAUAAUUCUUCGUCAACGAUAAUUCCAUUUUCAUCAUCAUUAUCAUCAUCAUCAUUAUUAUCAUCAGUGCCAACAAGUUCCUCAUUAUCCUCGAAUAAUAAUCAAGCAUCAACAACAACUGGUAUAUUAGUUAAAGGUGAUCUCGAUGCAACAUUAGCUAGUUUAGCACAAAAUCUUGAUAUUAAUGGUCUCAAAGGAGCUAAUAAUUAUAAAAGAGGACAACAAUUUAAUCCAAGUCCAAAAAGUACAAUGAAAACUGGUGGUGGUGGUGGUGUUAAUAAUUCAUUAUCAUCAACAACAUUGAAUGGCACUAAUAAUAAUAAUAAUAUUAAUAGUAGUGGAUCAAUAUCACCAUCAUCAAUGAUGAUGCGAAAUCCAAUAACAGCAACAACAAAUGUAUGGAAUCGUCCACCAAUGGUAUUACCACCAUCAUCAUGGACAACACAAACAACAUCAGGAUCAGGAUCAUCAAUAACACAAUCAACAAUGAUAAUGCCAAUGAUUGGUGGUGGUGGUGUUAUUGGUGGUUUACCAUCAUCAACAACAUUAUUUGCUAAUCAACAACAACAACAACCAUCACAAACAAUGAUGAUGGGUAAUUCAUUUCAGUUACGACAUCCAUCAAUGAUACCCGGUGCCGUACCAAUAUUACCACAAACUGUGAAUGCAUCAACAUUGUCCAGUAUAUUGGCCGGUCAAAAAUCAACAACAACAACAACAAACAACAACAAUACAGCAACCAAUAAUAAUAAUAAUUCAUCAAUCGAUCCAUUUGGAGCACUUUGAAAAAAAUUGAUUAUACAGCAAACAAACAAAAAAAAAU